AUGAACUCCUCUUUCUUCGGGAUUAAGCUUCAUGCCUCUUUGCAAGGUGGCAGCAAUAUCAAUCAUUUCGAGAGAAGACUUAGACAAUUACCCAGAAGCAAAAGAUGUACCGUAUCUGCUAAACACUGUGACCCGGUAAGCCAGGUUUUUAGGUUUUGUGGUCAAAAUGUAAACUUGUGGAGGAGACACCUUGUUUCCACAAGUGGGUCGAGGUUGAAAUGCAAAUGCACUAAGGACCCACCCUUUUCUCCAAUCAUGAGUUUUUUGACCCCAUUGUGGAAAGAGGGGCUUCUUUUGAUUAGGGCCUCUGUUUACACUGCUGUUAUCUCUGGCCUAUGCUUAUUAGUCUGGUUUGGAAGGAACAAAGCCAAGGAUUUUGUUGAAACAAACCUCUUGCCUUGUGUUUGUUCAACGAUCAGUGAGUACAUUCAGCGUGACCUUCACUUUGGCAAGGUUAGGAGAAUCUCGCCUUUGAGUGUAACAUUGGAAUCAAGUUCAUUUGGGCCGCAUAAAGAGGAGUUUUCUUGUGCUGAGGCUCCCACUGUUCAGCUGAGACUUCAUCCUCUUGCAAGUCUGAGGAGCGGAAAGUUUGUGGUUGAUGCAGUUUUGACACAUCCGAGUGUGUUGGUUGUGCAGAAGAAGGACUAUAGUUGGUUAGGGAUACCGUCGUCUGACGGUGGCAUGCAGAGGCACUUGUCAACUGAAGAAGGGAUUGAUGAUCGUACUAGAACAAGGAGGCUUGCGCGAGAGGAUGCGGCGGCUCGGUGGACAAUAGAAAGAGAUGAUGCAGCUAGGGAAGCUGCAGAGAUUGGUUACUUUGUUUCUGAGCCGAAUUAUGGUCUGUCUGAAGGUGAUGAUUUAAAGGACAUUGCAACUCAUUCAAUAGGGGAAACAAAAACCAACUCCUUUUUCUGCAUGAAUGAGGGGAAGCACGAACAUUAUUGUGUGGACACAGGUGUUGAUUAUGAUAUGAAACAUGCAGAUUUGGAGAAAUCAUUUGGAGUGGAGUUUCCUGGUUCAGGACUUAAAUUUUGGUCCAGAGUCAUAAAAGGGCAUAGGGAACACAAAUUUAAGAGGAAGGCUAAAACGAGUGAUAUCUGUGCAUCUGUUAUUGUUGUCAAAAAGAGAAUUCUCGAACGUAGUGCAUUAGCAGCACGUACAUACUUUCGCGAUCAAUCACAUGGGAAAUUUGGGGAGCCUUCAUCGCCUUCUGGAUGUUUUCGUUCUAUGAAUCAUGAUAUGCAUUUGGUGAAAAGUGAUGUUGACAAAAUUGCAGAAUCUGUUGUUGGUGGUGAUGAUAGUAGAACCGAUGAUAACCAAAAUGGAACACAAUUCAGAGAUCUGGGAAUAUGGUCUCCUUCAGCAAAUGAAAUUGUUAAUGGUCAUUCAGAUUAUUUGAAGUUUGUCCGUGAUAUGACUUUACAGACAAGAGAGAGUAAACAUGAAAAUUUGCAAUCUAGUGAGGAUGUUGCGGAACCUGCUAAUGCUUAUAUUAGUACAGAGAAAAAUGAGGAGUUGGGACCUCAUGUUGCACAAAGUCAAAUUGAUGAUAAUGCAACUGGGGGCCAGAAAGGUUUGGUACCUGAAGAUUUGGUUUCUGUGAAGCCCAGACCUCAGUUGGCAACAUAUUUUCAAUUUCCAUUUGAGCACUUGAUAAUGAAAUUUGGCUUAGCCUCGGUAUUUAGAAAUAUUGAGGAGUUGAUAUCUUGCUUCCUUUCUGGUCCCAUUGAAAAGUUGAAGUCUGACAUAGGUCUGAAAGUUGAAGAUAUUGUUGCAGAGCAUGUAGAUGGGGUAGAUGUUCAGCAGUCUGAAGUCCUGACUAAGAUUCUUCCUGUAACAUUGGAUUCUGUUCAUUUCAGAGGUGCAACCAUGAUGCUACUUGCAUAUGGCGACAGGGAAGUUAGGGAGAUGGACAAUGUCAAUGGCCAUGUGAAGUUUCGUAACCACUACAGCCAAACAAAUGUACACCUGAGUGGAAAUUGUAAGACUUGGAGGUCUGAUGUUAUAUCCAAAGAUGGUGGCUGGUUGUCUGCCAAUGUUUUUGUUGACACUGUUGAGCAAAAAUGGCAUGCUAAUUUGAAAAUUGACAACCUUUGUGUCCCGCUGUUUGAAAGGAUCCUAGAAAUUCCAAUUACAUGGUCUAAAGGGAGGGCCAGCGGUGAGGUUCACUUGUGCAUGUCAAAGGGUGAAACAUUUCCAAACCUUCAUGGACAACUUGACGUGAAGGGGUUGAACUUCCAACUAUUAGAUGCUCCAUCUAGUUUUUCUAACAUAUCAGCAAGUUUGUGUUUUCGUGGUCAAAGAAUAUUUUUACACAAUGCAAGUGGCUGGUUUGGCAGCAUUCCUCUAGAAGCAUCAGGAGAUUUUGGCAUUCAUCCUGACAAAGGAGAAUUUCAUCUUAUGUGUCAGGUUCCUGGUGUUGAAGUGAAUGCCUUGAUGAGAACUUUCAGGAUGAGACCUCUCUUGUUCCCUAUAGCAGGAUCAGUAACUGCUCUGUUUAAUUGUCAAGGCCCACUGGAUAAUCCUAUAUUUGUGGGCACUGGAAUGGUUUCUAGGACAUUCUCUUCUAUACAUGUUGACUCUCCUGCGUCUGUAGCAUCUGAAGCACUUGCUAAAAGUAAAGAGUCUGGUGCACUGGCAGCAUUUGAUCGUGUACCAUUUUCAUAUGUAUCUGCCAAUUUCACUUUCAACACUGAUAACUGUGUUGCCGAUUUAUAUGGAAUUAGGGCAAGCCUUGUGGAUGGUGGUGAAAUUCGAGGGGCUGGGACUGCAUGGAUAUGCCCAGAGGGUGAGGAGGAUGAAGCAGCAAUAGAUGUGAACUUCUCUGGAAGCUUGCCCUUUGAAAAAAUGGUGCUUUGUUAUAUUCCAAAUUAUCAUCAUCAGAUGCCACUCAAAUUUGGGGUUUUAAAUGGAGAGACAAAACUUUCAGGAUCUCUUUUAAGACCGAGGUUUGAUAUAAAAUGGAAUGCACCUACAGCAGAAGGGUCUUUUAGUGAUGCUAGAGGAGAUAUCGUAAUCUCACAUGAUUUCAUUACUGUUAAUUCUGCUUCAGCUGCAUUUGAUUUGUAUAUGAAAGUUCAAACAUCUUAUUCUGAUGAUUUGCCUCUUAAAAGCGAGGAGUUUUAUGCACCAAGAGCCAUUCCAUUUACUGUUGACGGUGUUGAGUUUGAUUUGCAAAUGCGUGGGUUUGAAUUCUUCAGUUUGGUUACUACUUAUAUGUUGGAUUUUCCAAGGCCUUUGCUUUUUAAAGCAACUGGAAGAAUCAAGUUUCAGGGAAAGGUUUUAGAACCUAGUAGCCCUAUUAUUGAACAAAAUUUUGACAAGAACGGGCAGCAUGUGCAAUUGUUGGAGAAAGGAAGUGCAGAUAGUCUUGUCGGUGAGGUUUCAAUCUCUGGUCUCAAACUGAAUCAAUUGAUGCUCGCACCUCAGCUGUCUGGGUUGUUGAGUGUUUCUCCUGAGUGCGUCAAGUUGGAUGCAUCUGGUAGGCCUGAUGAAAGUCUUGCGUUGGAGUUUGUUGGGCCACUACAGCACAGUGGUGAAGAUGGUCUGAAACGUGAACGAUUGUUGUCCAUUUCCCUUCAGAAGGGGCAAUUGAGGGCUAACAUAGGUUUUCAACCAUAUCAUUCAGCUAGCUUGGAGGUACGGCAUUUUCCACUUGAUGAACUGGAGCUUGCUUCUCUCAGGGGAACUAUACAGAGGGCAGAAAUCCAGCUUAAUCUUCAAAAAAGAAGAGGACAUGGAAUCCUAUCUGUACUUCGGCCAAAAUUCAGUGGUGUGCUUGGUGAAGCCCUAGAUGUUGCCGCUAGGUGGAGUGGAGAUGUUAUCACUAUUGAAAAAACUGUUUUGGAACAAAGCUACAGUCAUUAUGAACUUCAAGGUGAAUAUGUGUUGCCUGGCACCCGAGAUCGUAACCCUGUUGACAGAAAAGGGGCUGGUUUUUUAAAAAGGCUAUUGUCUGGCCAUCUUGGCAGUGUUAUAUCCUCAAUGGGCAGGUGGAGAAUGAAACUUGAAGUUCGCAGAGCAGAGGUUGCUGAGAUGCUUCCUCUUGCUAGAUUUCUUUCUCGAAGUACAGAUCCUGCUGUUCUUUCAAGAUCAAAGGACUUUUUUAUUCAAAGUUUGCAGUCGGUGGGAUUAUAUUCUGCAAGCCUUCAACAGCUGCUUGAGUUAAUAAAGGGUCAUCAUGCUCCAUCACAUGAUGUUGUUCUUGAAGAUUUAAGUCUACCUGGUUUAUCUGAAUUCAAAGGUCGCUGGUAUGGUUCUCUUGAUGCAAGUGGUGGAGGGAAUGGAGACACCUUGGCAGAAUUUGACUUUCAUGGGGAGGAUUGGGAGUGGGGAGACUACAAAACUCAGCGUGUCUUGGCAGUUGGAGCUUACAGUAAUGAUGAUGGUCUGCACCUGGAGAAAAUUUUUGUCCAGAAGGAUAAUGCCACCAUUCAUGCUGAUGGAACUUUGUUAGGGCCUAAAACCAACCUUCAUUUUGCUGUCCUAAAUUUUCCUGUUAGUUUGGUCCCAACUGUAGUUCAGAUCAUUGAAUCUACAGCAACAGAUUUUGUUCAUUCUCUGUGUCAAUUGUUAGCACCCAUUAAGGGUAUAUUGCAUAUGGAAGGAGAUCUUAGAGGAAGUUUAGCAAAACCAGAAUGUGAUGUACAAGUAAGGCUCCUGGAUGGUUCCAUUGGUGGAAUUGAUCUUGGACGAGCAGAAGUUGUUGCUUCUCUAACCUCAACCAGUCGUUUUCUAUUCAAUGCAAAAUUUGAACCUGUAAUCCAAAAUGGUCAUGUACUAAUUCAAGGAAGUAUUCCUGUUACUUUUGUUCAAAAUAACAUGUCACAACAAGAUGUUGAAUUGGAUAAGAAUGGGGCUACCUGGGUUCCUGAUUGGGUGAAGGAGAAGAAUAGAGGGACCACCGAUGAUGCCAGCGACAAAAUAGUUUCUAGAGACAGAAAUGAAGAAGGUUGGAAUACUCAAUUGACAGAAAGCCUUAAAGGUUUAAAUUGGCAAAUUUUAGAUGUUGGAGAAGUCAGGGUUGAUGCUGAUAUAAAAGAUGGGGGAAUGAUGCUAGUAACAGCUUUAUCUCCUUAUGCCAAUUGGCUUCAUGGCAAUGCUGAUGUCAUGCUUGAGGUCAGAGGUACAGUUGAUCAACCAGUGCUUAAUGGAUGUGCAUCGUUCCACAGGGCAUCUAUAUCGUCACCAGUAUUCCGAAAGCCAUUAACCAACUUUGGGGGAACUGUUCAUGUGAAAUCAAACAGGUUAUCUGUCACCUCACUGGAGAGUAGACUAAGCAGGAAAGGAAAGCUGCUUGUGAAAGGGAACCUUCCUCUCAGAACUAGUGAAGCAGCCCUUGACGACAAGAUUGAGUUGAAGUGUGAAGCUCUGGAAGUAUGGGCGAAAAAUAUUUUAAGUGGCCAGGUCGACUCCCAACUGCAAAUAACUGGUUCCAUAUUACAACCAAACAUUUUUGGGAAUAUUAAACUUAGUCAUGGAGAAGCAUAUUUGCCACAUGAUAGGGGUGGUGGUGGUGCUUCUAAUAGAUUCCCGUCAAAUCAGUCUGAGCUUCCUACUGGUGGUGCUGGGCAAGCAUUUGCUUCGAGAUAUAUUUCGCGGUAUUUCGGCUCAGAACCUGCUUCUUCGACGACUAAAAUUUCUCAAUCCUCUGGCUCUGGUAAUACUUUACAUUCAACUCAAGUUGAAAAGGACACAGAGCAAGUGCAGAUAAAACCAAGUAUAGAAAUCCGCCUUUGUGAUUUGAAGCUUGUGCUUGGACCAGAGUUGAAGAUAGUUUAUCCUUUGAUUCUUAAUUUUGCUGUUAGUGGAGAGCUUGAGUUGAAUGGUCUCGCCCAUCCCAAGUGUAUAAAACCUAGGGGCAUACUGGCAUUCGAGAAUGGUGAAGUUGAUCUAGUUGCAACACAGGUGAGGUUAAAACGGGAGCAUCCAAAUAUUGCAAAGUUUGAGCCUGAGUACGGAUUAGAUCCAAUGCUUGAUUUAGCAUUGGUUGGAUCUGAGUGGCAAUUUAGAAUUCAAAGUCGAGCUAGCAAUUGGCAGGACAAACUUGUGGUGACCUCAACACAUUCUGUAGAACAGGAUGCGCUAUCACCUACUGAGACUGCCAGAAAAUUUGAGAGUCAGUUAGCAAAAUCCAUUUUUGGAGGCAAUGGUCAACUUGCAUUUGAAAAGCUUGCAACUGCUACUCUUGAAAAGUUAAUGCCACGAAUUGAAGGGAAGGGAGAGUUUGGCCAAGCUAGGUUUAGGGUAGUGUACGCUCCUCAUAUUCCCAGUUCGGUUUCUGCUGAUCCUGUAGAUCCUUUCAGGUUAUUUGCUAGUAAUAUAUCAUUUGUCACUGAAGUUGAAGUCCAGCUUGGGAAACGUCUUCAGGCAACAAUCGUUAGGGAAAUGAAGGAUUCAGAGAUGGCAAUGCAGUGGACCUUGAGCUAUCAACUUACUAGUCGCCUGCAUCUGAGCCUACAGUACGUGCCUUCCAAAGGCAGUCUUUCCGCAUAUUUUGCCACAUCUCAGGAUUGAUUAACUUCCAUCCAAAUUACAUCUGCAGCUUCUUUUUACUAUAUUGUUCUCAGCAAUUAAUUGUCUUGAAAAUUGAUCUUUAUCUUUGGUAAAAUCAGCUCAAAUACAUUCCCAUCAUAUUUUGUUUAAAGGAAAAGGGAAUUUUUGUGGGUACACUUUGUAUGUGUAAAAGUAGUGUAGAUGCAUAUUAUUCUUUCGCUCAGAUUGAGCUUGUUAAUAGGGUAUAUGCUAAAUUCAUGAA